AGAGAGAGAGAGAGAGAGAGAGCGCGGCGAUUGCCAAAUCCUUCGACUCCAAGAAAAUCGUAUUCGCACAGAGUUUCAAUAAACUCGUUGCGUUAGGUUUCUGCGUGUUCUUCCUUCGUAAGCGCUGUUGGAGAGAGUGAUUUUAGGGUUUGAUCGUGAAGAAGAUGACUGGAAGUGAAGGAAGUGUGAGUUUGGAGGUUCUGAAGACGAAAAUGGCGGAAUUCGCUAAGGAAAGGGAUUGGGAGCGAUUUCAUAGCCCUAGAAAUCUCCUUCUUGCUCUGGUCGGAGAAGUGGGAGAGGUAUCGGAAAUAUUCCAAUGGAAAGGAGAAGUGCCGAAGGGGCUGCCGGAGUGGGAGGAGAAGGAGAAGGAGCACUUAGGGGAAGAGCUUUCCGAUGUGCUUUUGUAUUUGGUGAGAUUGUCUGAUAUUUGCGGCAUUGAUCUUGCUCAAGCUGUUCUUAGGAAACUUGAGCUCAAUGCAAUCAAAUAUCCAGUUCAUAAAUGGAAGAAUCACUCUGCUUGAACUCUAUUUUGAUCUAAUAUAUAUGAAUUAUUACUAGAGAAACUUAGAUUUUCCGUUGAAUUUUAGCCCUUAAAACUUUUUCAAAAAUUUGGAUCAUCGUUUCAAAAUUA